GACUGCAUAAUUAAAGGGGAAAAAAAAUCAAAUUUUUUGAAAUUAAAAUGGCUGCCAAGGGUUCCAACAUGAACAACAAGCUGACCACUGUGGUGGCCACCGCCGGCUACGGCCCGGACACGAUGACCGAGAUCAGCUAUAUGGACAGCAAGAUCAUUGGGAACGGCAGCUUCGGCGUGGUCUUUCACGCCAAGCUGAUGCCCAGCAACGAGCCGAUCGCCAUAAAGAAGGUCUUGCAGGAUCGCCGAUUCAAGAAUCGUGAACUCCAGAUAAUGCGAAGGCUUAAGCACCCAAAUAUUAUAACCCUCAGAUACUUUUUCUAUUCCAGUGGCGAUAAGCGAGACGAUGUUUAUCUCAACUUGGUCAUGGAGUUCAUGCCCGAAACCCUCUACAAGGUGGAGCGGCAGUAUGCACGCGCUAAGCAAACGCUGCCCGUCAACUAUAUCCGACUCUACAUGUAUCAGAUGUUUCGAAGUCUGGCCUUCAUGCACAGCUACGGCUUCUGUCAUCGGGAUAUCAAGCCGCAGAAUAUGCUCCUGGACACGGAGACGGGCGUUUUCAAGCUGUGCGACUUCGGCAGCGCCAAGCAACUGACACCUGGCGAAUCGAAUGUGUCCUACAUCUGCUCCAGAUACUACAGAUCACCGGAGCUAAUAUUUGGAGCCACGCACUAUAACACCAAAAUCGAUAUGUGGAGUGCGGGCUGCGUGUUGGCCGAGUUGCUGCUGGGCCAGCUCAUCUUUCCCGGCGACUCGGGCGUGGACCAGAUCGUUGAGAUUGUCAAGGUGAUGGGCACACCCACGCCCGAGCAGCUCCACGACAUGAAUCCAAACUACAAGCAAUUGAAGCUGCCGCAGCUGAAGGCGCAUCCUUGGCCCAAGGUAUUUCGCAUUCGCACACCGCCCGAGGCCAUAGAUCUGGUAUCCAAGCUGCUUAUCUACACACCUAACGACCGUAUAACGCCUCUGUCGGCCUGUGCGCAUUCCUUCUUCGAUGAGCUGCGCAACGAUCCCGGCCAGCAGCUGCCCAACGGACGGCGUCUGCCGCCGUUGUUCGAUUUCACCGAAUACGAGCUGAGCAUCGAGCCAAAGCUGGUGCCGAUGCUGACGCCAAACGAAGGCACGGAGAAGCAAGAUGCAUCGGGCAGCUCUGGCAAUCGCUAUGCCGCUGGCGAGGAGAACUCACCCAGAUUGGACAGCAACCAGUCGACACUGCGAAAACAGAUCAAGGAUCAGUCAGAUGUGGUACUUAAGCCGGGGGAUAAUGUACGUGGCCAGAGAACAACAACUCCACAGUGCCUCCAGCGACGGGAGCUGGGCAAUGGCGACCAUGUUGGCAGUACGGUUGUGUGCUUUGAGGAGACAGAAACAGAUAUCUGCGAGGAGGAAGCAAUAACAGAUGUUGCCGACGAGCAGGGAGCCGAGGAGCAGUACAAUAGCUCCGACAGCCCCUGCUCCAGCGAUGAGCUCGAGGAGCAGCAGACAGAUGACGAGGACGAUAACAAUGACAACGGCGACGAUGACGACGAUGCCGAUGACGACGACGACGAUGACGAUGACGACGACGACGACGACGACGAUGAGGACGAUGACGACGAGAAUGCAGAUGAUGAUGAUCUAAAUAAUGAUGCACACUAAGUAUUGUUAUUGUUGUUGUUCCUCAAAUUCCUCAACGCAACAAUUGAUGAAAGCAAUAAAAAUUUAAGGUAUAUCGAAAUCAGAGCUCGUAAAUCUCACCCGAGGCGCCGGGUGAGGGGCAGCGUUAAAUAAAUGAACUAAACGCA